AUGAAAUCUGCAAAUUCAAAUUUGCCUAAUUCUAUUCAACCUGAUUAAAAUGAAAUCAAUGAAUAUAUCAAAGAGUAUCUUAGAUAUUCAUCUUUUUCAAACACUCUUGAAUGUUUUGAAGCAGAAAUCAAGAGCAAAUAAGUUUCUAAUAAAGUAUUCAUUUACUUAUUUCUUACUUAUAGAUGCUUAAUAAAUAAUAAUAAUCUAAAUAAUUAGGUGAUGAUGCUCCAAGACUAUUUCAAUUGUUUAAAAGUGAUAAUACAAAAACUAAAAGAGAAAUCAAUUUAGAGAAGGAAUAAAAAGCCUUCAAUAAAAAAUAUUAAUAAAUCCUAUAGGCAGGAAGACAAAUCUUCUCUGUCAGUAUUAAUUUACUUUAAUUAUUACAUUCACUCAAAGAAACAGCCAAAAAUGAAAACUUAAGCGAAACUUUAGAGAAUUACAAAAUUUAAUUAGGGAAAUAUCAUAAAGUGAUUAUCAAUGAGGGUAAACCAGAAGGAACUGAAUUGAUUACUGAAUAGGUUAUGCAUGAACACAAGACAAAAUUAUUUAAGAAUUUUCAAGAUAAACAUGUAGAUGGAAUGAUUGAAGUUUUAUUAUCUCUUAGAGUAAAUGCAUUAUAGAUAGCACCAGAAUUGAGAAAGAAUCUUGUAUAUGAAUUAAUUAGAAAUGAUGUAUUUAAUAUUGAAGCAACAGAGAAAUUUGAUUUUGUUGUUCAUUUAUUGGAUAUUAACAAUUAGAGUUUGAGACAUGCUAUUACAAGUUUAAUUAGUGUUAUUAGUAGUACUUUAAGAGGUGUAGAAUAUUUAACAUAUAAUGGUAAUAUGAUAAUUAUAGAGAAAAUAAUAAAAAUUUUGAAAGAAUAAGAAAAUGGUUCUGUUACUUAAAGAUUUUGUUUAGCAAUUUUAUAAAAAGCUAGUAUAAAAGAUACUGUAAUACCAACAUAUGUUCAUAAUGAAAUGAUAUAAUGGAUCAUCUAAUUAAUACAAAAAUCAAUAAAUACAAAAAUUCAUAUAUUUUGUCUUGAUUUUGCAUCUGCUACAUUAGCAAAUGUAAUUCAUACUCCAUAUACAUUAUAAUAUCUAGAGAAAUAAGGAAGAUUUGCUCAUUAAGUUAUGGAAUAACUCUUAAAGUUUAUGAAAGAAUAGAUUUAAGUAAGUGUGUUAAUGCAUGUUUUAAUUUGUUUAUCAUAUUUGAGUAAGGAAAACUUUGCAAAAUAGAUGGAAGAAUGUAGAUUUGUGGAGAGAAUAAGUGAAUUUGUUGAAUAUUAUAGUGUAAUAAAUACAGGUAUAUAAUUAUAAAUAUGAUAUAAAUAGAAAAUGAAGCAGCUGAGAUAGACAAAAAAACAGUAUUAGAUUUAUGUGCUCAUAUGUUUCAUCCAAAAGAUACAUCAUUAGAUAAUUCAGAAACGGUUGAAUUGAAUGAAUUAAAAACAGAGGAUAGAAUUAGAGAAUAUGAAAAUGAAUAAGGAGAACUUAUUUUUGAAUGUUUUUAGGAUGAAGUGAGUUGA